AUGGACCGCGCCCCGGAAUUUCAGAAAUGUCAAUCCGUCCCUGAAGGAACUGCAGAUCAUAAUCAGCAGCAGAACAAUGAAGAUGUGGUUUCUAGAAAAGAUUGUAUCUCAUUGGAUUCAACAACAUCAUUUGUGACCUCCUCUGGAGAUGAUACUGGUGUCACAGGUGUGAAUGAGUCAGAAGCUCUGCCUUGUUAUGCAUCAGUCCCCACAUCUAUUGGUGUGCAUAGGAAAACUGUCAAGGGUUCUGUAGUUGGAAAAAAUUAUCCAAAAUUGCAUGGUUCAAUGAAGCCGAAUAAUUUCAAGUCUGCACAUAGAAGUGAUAGUUUAACCAGCAAGACAUCGGAGACUGUGGCUAAUACAGAAAAAGAUAUCAAAAUUUUAAACAAGGCUCCUCAUUUGCAUUCUAAUUUUACAGCAGCGACUGCUCCAACUACAUAUCAGCACGCUGGAAAAUUUUCAUCAUUAGCCACCCCAAGAUGCCAUGUGUUCCCCCCCACAAACUACAGGCCAAAUACCUCUACUAACUUCAGCCCAAACACCUCUGCGAACUACAGAUCAAAUGGGAGAGUAUCUAGUGUGGAUGAUCGACAUUUCUUGAAUGACAAAUUUAUGAGUGGAGAAUCUGAAAUGUCAAAGGAAAUGACUCGUGGACCUCGGGGACAUUACAACUAUUUUCUUAUACAACCGUCAAUUGUUGAUGAGCUUGCGACCACAUUGUCUAGAGACCAAUAUAACCUGUCAGAUUUUCAAACUGAAUAUGAAACGGCUAAAUUUUAUGUGAUUAAAUCUUUUAAUGAAGACGACGUUCAUAAGAGUGUUAAAUAUAAUGUUUGGACAAGUACUCCAAACGGAAAUAAGAAGUUGAACGCAGCAUUCCUUGAUACAGAAGCUAAAUUGAGACAGACUGGCACGAAGUGUCCAGUUUUCCUCUUCUUUUCAGUUAAUGCUAGCAGACAGUUUGUUGGAGUGGCUGAGAUGGUUGGGCCGGUGGACUUCAAAAAUGACAUGAACUUUUGGAAACUUGACAAGUAUAAUGGUUUCUUCCCAAUUAAGUGGCACAUAAUAAAAGAUGUUCCCAACAGCAAGUUUGUGCAUAUCAUCCUUCCCAGCAAUGAGAACAAGCCUGUAACUUUCACUAGGGACACACAAGAGAUUGGACUGAAGGAGGGUUUGCAGAUGCUGAAUAUUUUUAAAAAUUAUUCGUCUGAGACAUCUCUUUUGGAUGAUUUUGACUUCUAUGAGAAGCGAGAAAAGUUAUUUCGUUCUCAGAAGAGUACGGAGCAUGCAAGGCCAGAGCGGGGAGUAUAUGGCAAUGCUAAUAAUUAUUAUCAAAACACUUUCAAAGCAAGAGAGAAGAAAACAGAGAUGCAAUCGAGUGGAACCAAGCAAGGGACUUUGGUCAAACUAACAAAAAAUCUUUCUCUCAACUCCUCUGGAAAACAACGCUUCAGAUAG